GAAUGACGAAUCAUCAAAGAAAGAAAAGCGUCUCGUUCUCGCCAUCUCCGGAGCCUUGAAGGGUUUUGUUCGACAUAUUUUUUUAGAACACUCAGUUUUAGUAUUUGCUCUCGAUCACUAAGUAUAUGGAAUUUUUCAUCUGAUAACAUUUGGGUCUUCUGUACAAACGCAGCGGCGAUGUGGCACACGGUAUUGUUUUUCAUCGUCCUUUCUUCUCGCUCCGUGCUCGGGCAGGUCAGCUACUCCAUACCGGAGGAAAUGGCGAAAGGCUCGAUGGUUGGAAAUAUUGCUCAGGAUUUGGGAUUAGAUUUGAAAAGACUGAAAUCUGGAAAAGCGCGUUUAUUUUCCGGAGAUACCACGGAAUACAUCGAGCUGAAUAGAGAAAGAGGGUUGCUUCAUUUGAAAGAAAAAAUAGAUCGGGAGUCUUUGUGCGCUAAAACAAUACCUUGCGCGUUACAUCUUCAAAUGAUACUUGAAAAUCCGAUGGAAAUGUACACGGUUACGGUGGAAAUAACGGAUAUUAAUGAUAAUGCGCCAUUUUUCCAGACAGAGGAAAUUCGCUUUGAAAUAAGCGAGUCGGCUGUGCCGGGUGUAAGAUUUGUGUUAGAGAGAGCAAUGGAUGCGGACGUCGGUACCAACGGACUUCAGAGCUACUCACUUAAACCGACAGAUCAUUUUGUGUUAGAUUUACAAAACAACGCAGACGGUGACAGAAGUGUUGAAAUGAUUUUACAAAAAAGCCUUGAUAGAGAAAAAGAAGAAACAUUUACUUUGUUACUAACUGCUAUGGAUGGAGGUGAACCGGUUCUGUCUGGUACUGUACAGAUACACGUUACUGUUCUAGACGUUAAUGAUAACGCUCCUGUAUUUACACAGAAAAUCUACAGGACAACAUUAAUAGAAAACGCAAGUAAAGGAAGUAAAUUAUUUACCGUUAGCGCCACUGACGCAGAUGAAGGCUCUAACGGUCAGGUGGCAUACUAUUUGUCAAAAACAAUGGAUAGUUUGUUAGAUUUAUUUACUGUCGUUCAACAUACUGGUGAGGUAAUAUUAAAUGGACAGGUUGACUUUGAAAAAGCAAACAAUUACCAGCUUGAAAUUCAAGCUAAAGAUAACGGAGGACUAUCUGAUUCAUGUAAAAUAAUUAUUGAUGUGUUGGACAUAAAUGACAAUAAACCGGCUAUAACUGUUCUGUCUAUGUCUAACUCAAUAUCAGAAGAAUCCUCUUCUGGCACUAUUGUAGCAAUGAUGAAAGUAAAUGAUCCUGAUUCAGAUGCAAAUGGUAAAGUUCAAUGUACUAUUAGUGAUAAUAUUCCUUUUGCUAUCACAUCAGCAUCUAAAAAUUUCUUUAGCCUGCGCACAGAUCAUGAAUUAGACAGAGAGAGAGAAGCUGAGUAUAACAUCACUGUGACUUGCUCUGAUGAAGGAGUUCCCUCACUGUCCAGCAGCACUUCUCUCCGUUUACACAUAUCAGAUGUUAAUGACAACGCACCUGUUUUUGAGAGAAAUAAAUAUGAGGCCUAUGUGGUGGAGAACAACACACCAGGUCUCUCUAUAUUCACAGUGAAAGCCAGUGAUGCAGACUACAACCAGAAUGCUCGAGUGUCUUAUAUUUUAGAAGAGAGCACCAUCAAUGGACUUCCUGUGUCAUCGUAUGUGUCAGUCAGUGCUGAAAGUGGAGUCAUUAACGCUGUGCGCUCUUUCGACUACGAGCAGUUAAAGGACUUCCAUUUCCGUGUCAGAGCACAGGACGGAGGCUCCCCUCCACUCAGUAGUAACGUGACAGUAAAAAUUACAGUCCAAGAUCAGAACGACAACGCUCCUCAGGUCCUCUACCCAGUACAGACCGGUGGCUCUGUGGUGGCUGAGAUUGUGCCACGUUCAGCAGAUGUGGGUUAUCUGGUCACUAAAGUGGUAGCUGUUGAUGUGGACUCUGGACAGAACUCCUGGCUCUCCUACAAACUCCAGAAAGCCACAGACAGGGCACUGUUUGAAGUGGGAGCGCAGAAUGGAGAGAUACGAACUGUGCGUCAGGUCACCGAUAAAGAUGCCGUGAAACAAAAGCUCACUGUAGUUGUGGAGGAUAACGGACAGCCGUCUCGCUCAGCUGUAGUUAACAUCAAUGUAGCUGUAGCGGACACUUUCCCUGAAAUGCUCUCAGAGUUCACAGACCUUACGCAUCACAAACAGUAUAAUGACGACCCCACCUUUUAUUUAGUGUUAGCAUUAGCUGCUGUUUCUUUCCUUUUCAUCACGACUGUAGUAGUUAUAAUCUCAGUAAAGAUCUACAGGUGGAGACAAUCGCGCAUCUUCUAUCAGUCCAAUCUCCCAGUUAUUCCGUACUAUCCACCCGGUUACACAGACACAGGAGUUACUGGAACUCUGCCGCACAUGUAUAAUUAUGAUGCUUGUAUGACGACUGACUCGAGAAAGAGUGACUGUAAAUAUUCUACACUCGGAGGACAGAGUGUUUUAGUCAUGGACCCAAGUUUUGCACAGACCAUGCAGCAUGCGAUGAAGGCUACUAACCUUCUAAAUGAACCUGAAUCUCCAGAAUUGGUAAGGGCUUCUUUGUAG